AAUUUUUAAUGGGAAGUGGGGAGUUUCACGCCACGCCUCUGCGUGAAGAAUUUUUUAGUCAGAUUUAAGCAAGUUGAAUCUAGCUGCUCAUAGAGCACAUUUGAUCGUUUAGCGUGGCAAGCCGUGGACAUGGCCUACCAUAACCAGUAUAGACCACCUCACUAUAACAGCGCGCCGCCCGAUCAAGGCUUUUUAUGGAAUAUAUUUCAGAGGGUAGAUAAAGACAGGAGCGGGGCAAUAUCAGACACAGAGCUUCAGCAGGCAUUAUCAAAUGGUACAUGGACACCUUUCAACCCUGUGACCGUCAGAUCAAUUAUAUCUAUGUUUGAUCGGGAGAACAAAGGCGGGGUCAACUUCAACGAGUUUGCCGGCGUUUGGAAGUACAUCACAGACUGGCAGAACAUCUUCCGCACCUACGACAGGGACAACUCAGGGUUUAUCGACAAGAACGAGCUCAAACAGGCUCUCACCGGCUUUGGUUAUCGUCUUUCAGAUCAGUUCUACAACACACUGAUAGAGAAAUUUGACCGUCAGAAGAGGGGCCAAGUGGCUUUUGAUGACUUCAUUCAGUGCUGUAUUGUACUACAGAGGUUAACUGACGUGUUUCGGCGAUAUGACACAGAUCAGGACGGCUGGAUCCAGGUGUCGUACGAGCAGUAUCUGUCAAUGGUCUUCAACGUGGUAUAGCACAACACAAGCACACCUGCACUCUCCUGUGCCAAACGCCAAAUGUCCCUCCCCACACGGUCCUCAGCAGAGACUAGUCACUACUACCCUCUACAGGACGACACGGGGACGGGAUCUUUAUGACUCUUUAUUCCGUCUGUCUGUCUGUUUGUUCGUCUGUUAGUAGCCAUAUCAUAUUUCUUAACCAUUAUUAUUGAAAGAAUUAUGGAAUAUCACUCUUUCUCUGUGUUUAAUGAAUGUCGACAUUGUGAAAAUCAUAUUAAGACUCAGUUGCAUGCUUUUUGAUAAACCUCCUUAAUGUCAAAGCAUGAACUAAUGUUUCUUUCUUUGGCUGAAUUCAUGUUUACAAUGAAAUACUGUGAGUGCAGGUUGUGUUCGCCAUGUUAAGAUCCUUUUAUUUGGAUUGACUGUCAGCUCUUCCAUAUAUUUGUAAAGAAUUAUAUUUUUAAUCUGCACAAUAAUGUAAUUCAACCUUUUAUUUUAGGAAGGAGGUACAUAUGCUUUUGUAUGCCUUUUUCAUGCAUGAUGCCUUACAACUGUUAAAAUAACAAAACAAAAAAAGCUGUUUUAUUAAAAACUGGAACAUGUUUGAAAAUGA